UGGCUUCAUCAGACUGAUGCCGAAGACUUGGAAGGUUCUUAAUGAGGAGUUGAAAGCUACUAUAAUGGAAGGGUACAAUAUUUUGGGAGACGGUACUCCAUCCUGCCUGUUCCCGUUCCUCACUGGGAAGGCAGAGUUGGAACACCCGGAUGUGAGGAAAACUAAGGAAAAUAAAAGGACCCUGGACGACAUCCCCUUUAUAUUCAACUAUCUGAAAGAAGAAGGGUACAUCACAGCAUACAUGGAAGACAUGCCUCUGGACAACACAUUCACGUUCCGUUUCAACGGAUUCAAGAAACAACCAGCAGACCAUUACUACAGAGCGUUUAAAAACGCCAACUCACACCUGUUUAAGGGGUGGAACCUUUGCUAUGGAGACACGCCACAGUAUACUAUGAUGAUGAAUGUCACGGAACAAUUUCUCGAGCUUGACGGAAGGCGGUUCAUCUUCACUUUCAUCGCAGACAUAUCUCACGACAAUUUCAACGACAUUCAGUACGCUGACGGUGAUACGGCGGCGUUUUUGAGGCGUAUGAUGAAACGGACUGAGGACACGCUUAUUAUUGUUAUGGGAGACCAUGGGCCCAGAUACGCAGCAGUCCGUAAAAAGCAUUCCCUGCGAGGCAAACUCGACGAACGACUUCCCCUCCUUGCCAUCCGCCUCCCUGACAAACUCACGCGCGCUCGCCCCGACGCGUUACGCGCGCUUAAAGCGAACGCGCACGUGCUGACAACAGCGCAUGACCUUCAUGCGACGAUUUUGGAUGCUGUUGGUUUGAGAAGACAUUGGAAUCCUUAUAAGGUGAAAGGAGCGGAUCUGAAGAGGGGGUUGACUUGGCUAGAGCCUAUCCCCAGCAGCCGAUCUUGCAGCGAAGCUGGGAUCGAGACCCAUUGGUGCACCUGCCUCGUCUGGCAAAUCGUGUCAGAUUCAGAUCCGAUGAACAACAGGACUGCUGCCGCUUUGAUAGACUAUAUCAAUAAAUUUACAAAGGAUGCUGGAUCUCAAUGUGUUCGUCGUACCGUGGCGUCCACAAGUUAUGUACUGCGACAGCGAGUCAACAACCGACUUCUUGCUUUCAACACCGCUAUAGACUACGACGCUUAUUUGGGACGGUUCAACGUUAAGACAGAAAUAACUAUGGAGAAUUUUCAGAUCGGAAUUGAGUCAAACCCAGGAGGCGCAUUUUACGAAGCAUCACUGACAUACAAUUUGAAUGAAGAUAAGUUUGUAGUGCAGUCGAGAGACAUCUCAAGAGUGAACGCUUACCGUGGAGAAUCGGAUUGCAUUCUGGACUCUCAUCCACACCUCGCCCCGUACUGCUACUGCAAACACGAAGACUGAACUGAUGUAGCCAAGUUUAACUAACUAGGAUGGCUCUGUGAUCCAAAGAGGAUCUUGGCCUCUAAAACGAGAGUACGCCACUUACGGAUAAGCCACGACAUUGGUCUAAGCGCGACUGCGGUG